UACGAUACAUUAUCGGAAUUAUUAUAACUUUUAUAAACUGAUGUUUAUUUAUAGUCCGUCUCUUGUCUUGAGACCACUUGAGACACUUAAGUAUAACAAAAUAAACUCUGUAUUAUAUUUAGGAGAAAAUUGCAAUGUCUGCCAUUUCAACCGCAAUUGUGCUUAAAAGAGCCAGCAAAGUGUAUCAUGAGGGCGAAAUAAUUGCGGGAGUAGUGGUGGUGGAGAGCAACUCUGAUGUCAGACACGAAGGACUCUCCCUCACCAUGGAGGGCUCCGUCAACCUGCAGCUCAGUACUAAGAAUGUUGGCAUCUUCGAGGCAUUCUCAAACAGUAUCAAGCCAAUAAACUUAAUAAACACAUGCAUUGAACUGGCUCCUCCGGGCAAGAUCCCUGUGGGUAUCACCGAGAUACCCUUUGAGAUGCCCCUCCGAGCCCGGCAGGCAGUCUCCCCGGGAUACCCUGGCCUAUUGGAAACUUAUCAUGGAGUGUUUGUUAAUAUCAUGUACACUCUCAAGUGUAGCAUGAAGAGAUCAUUCCUCAAUAAGCCUGUCAAUGCCAGUUGUCAGUUCUUUGUACAGUACAGACAGCAGGAGGCGGGCCCGGUGAAGCCGGUGCGCUGCGAGAUCACGCCCGCCAGCAUCCGCGCGGCCGGCGCCGGCAGCCGCGCCGCCAUGCCGCACUUCCAGAUAUACGCCGAGAUCGACUCCACCGUCUGCGCGCUCGACAAGCCGCUCACUGGGAAGAUCCGCGUGGACGAGUGCUCGGUGCCCAUCCGCUCCAUCGAGCUGCAGCUGGUGCGCGUGGAGACCUGCGGCUGUGCCGAGGGGUACUCCAAGGACGCGACGGAGAUCCAGAACAUCCAGGUGGGCGAGGGCGACGUGUGCCGCGCGCGCGACGUGCCGCUGCACAUGGUGCUGCCGCGGCUCUUCACCUGCCCCACCACCACCACCGUCAACUUCAAGAUAGAGUUCGAACUCAACAUCGCGGUUAUAUUCGAUGACGAUUAUUUAGUUACUGAAAAUUUUCCAAUACUGCUCCUGAGGAGUAGAUAGUUCUGUAGAUUUAAGAUAAAUAUUAUUAAUUAAUCUAUUCUAUUUAUAUUACAAAUAAAGAUAUACGUAUUA